CACAAUCGCAGGUGGCCGCCGUAGUUACACUUCGCUUGUCAGUUUUCAUUGAUCGGUCCUCGUAAGUCGCAUUAUCGGCGCGUUUUUUCAAUUGUUCAAUUUCCAUCGUCGAUAUUUGAGCUUAAGUAUGUGUGGUAGUCACGAUGAUUCGACUCCUGUGGUGUCUAAUUCUAAUUGAGCUACAUGUAGAUGCCAAUUUGAAAAACUGUCCUGGGACCAACGUGAAGUUUGAAAAAGUCUUGGGUCUACGACCUCCUAACGCCAGUAACCCCGUGUUGUUGUACCAAUUGGAAAAAGGAACACCCCUGAGGCCUAUAACUUCGGAAUGUAUAGCUAAGUGCCACUCAGACGACGAAUGCGCCAGCUUCGUUUUAUAUUACAGCGAAUUCCGGUGUUACUGGUUCAAAAAUGAUAUUAAAGGAGCAGAAGAAUCCGAGAACAUCAUCGACGAGGACACCGCCUGGUUCAUCAAAGUUUGCUUCAAAAAGGUUGACUGUGGUAAGUUAUGGACUUUCGAGAGAAUCCCUGGUGCUGUUUUAAUAGGAAAUAACACCAAGACACUACCUCGACCCUUAACUAGAACUGACUGCCAGCAACACUGCCUCAAUGAAACGGAAUUUCUCUGCAGAUCGGUAAAAUAUAAGAUACUCUCUAACAAUUACUUAUCCAGUACCGAAAUAUUAGGGACUUGCACCCUUUCCAAUGCCGACAGGCAUCUCCUUCCUAAUUCUUACAGAGUAUCCGGAUACGACGAAGAAUACUUUGAAAAUCAGUGCUGGAAUAAUCGCACUGUGGAAAGGCAAGUUCGUAUUAUAGAUUUUGAAAAUGAAUUCUGUGCUUACGAAGAAUAUGAAAAUGUUACACUUUCUCACAGUGAUAUAUUGUUUGAAAAAAGAACCAAAGACGAGUGCCAACAUCUCUGUGAAGAGUUUACAAAUUUUGUCUGUAGAGGUUUUAGCAUUAUAAAUAAUGUGUGCUGGCUGCACAGCGAAGAUAGCAAAAUUCAUGGACCAAAAAUUUUAAAGGAGAAUGCCAAAUCAACAUAUUAUGAAAAAGCCAGGUGCUUAAAUAUUUCUGUUUCUUGUACCGAAACUUACAUGACGAUACAAUAUGUUCCCGAAAUAAAAUUUUUUGGAAAAGUAUACAUGCAGGGAUUUUCUGAAAAUCCCCAGUGUUACGCUACUGGCCAAGGAAAAUUCACUGUGAUAUCCCUCAAAUUACCAUUAUUGGCCAGUAAAUGCGGCAUUAUAAAAGCAGCCGGAAAUUUGAACAGAACUCUUUUGUCAGGAACAGCGGUUAUCCAGUACAAUUCUAUUAUCCAAACUCAAGGAGACAGGAUUAUUAAAGUCGGUUGUAUUUUUGGAAAUGACAGUAAGAUUUUGAUUGGCACUGGUGUAAAAAUAUCUUCGUCUUCUCCGAAUCACGGGAGCAUGUUACUGAACAACUCUACAUUUAGUACAAGAUCCCCAGAAGUAGAAAUGAGAGUGUUAGAUUUAAAUACACAUGAAGAAGUCAGCGAUUCACAAAUCGGUCAAGAAUUAGAGCUUGUCAUAGAGUUCAAAUCAAAAAAUAGUACUUACGAUAUAUGGGCAAGUCAUUUGGUUGCAAUGACGGAGAAAAGUGAAGAAUCCAUUUUCCUUUUGGAUGAUCGGGGUUGUCCCACUAAUUUAAACAUCUUUCCACCUUUAGAGAAAGUGAUUACUGCAACAUCAAGGCAACUAGUAGCUGCUUUCCAAGCUUUCAAAUUCGCCUCCUCCCCUUUUGUGAGAUUUAGCGUUUUGAUCCAGUUUUGCCCUAAUGAUUGCCCACCAGUGAAUUGUGAUCAUAACAUUGCAUCAUAUGGGAGGAGGAAGAGGGAAAUAGUUUCACACUCGAUUCAAACAAUUAAUGGCACUACAAUAGUUAAGUUAAAUAGAUCCGAGUUCGAGCGCAUGUCGGGUCUAGUCAACGAGAUGCCCCUUGAAUACGUAAUGAUAGUCAGAGACCCAAAAUUUGUUUCCGACAGGCUGGUGUUUGGAGACAAUAAGAUUUUGGUUGCCGGAUACGAUUACACAACUAACGAGGUGUGUCUCGACUAUUCGCUGGUUAUUGGAUUGAUUGUAACUUGGAUAUUAAUACAAAUAUGUUUCGUCUUGGGUUGUAUCAUGUUAGUAAAAAGGUACAAGAGAUAUUAUCAGCACGAGUGUACGAAGCAGUCCUUAGAAGAAUUGCAUAAAAAUUUUGGCAUCGGAUUCAGUAAUUUGGAGAACAGGAGAGUUCAUUGGGCAGAUAAUGAUAAUAUUUUAUAAAAUAACAUAUUUUUAAAAUCUUAGA